AUGAUUCGGGGAAUCAACCCGAUAUAUCAGGCAUUGCUCGCUGCCACGUUCACAUGGGGAGUCACUGCACUUGGAGCUUCUCUAGUCUUUGUUAUGCGACAUCAAAGCAAAAAACUACUGGAUGUAUCUCUCGGAUUCGCAGCCGGUGUGAUGACUGCAGCUUCAUUCUGGUCCCUUCUUGCUCCAGCAAUAGAAAUCGCAGAAGGUGAUUAUGGAAAAUGGGCGUUUGCACCAGUCGCAGCUGGAUUUGCAGUGGGUGCCGGAUUCGUACAUUUUGCUGACACUCUAUUACCAUCAUGUGUCGGAGAAGCUGGAAUGACAUCGUUGCUAUCUCCACCUGCUCCACGAUCUGAUACAGAGAUGUCUUUGAUGCCUGCUCGAGAAGAUCUUGAUGUGGCUGCUCUCGCACGCUCGGUGAACGAAGAACAUCGGGAACGAGAUCGAUCCGUUGAAAACUGCAGUGAUAAGAGACCUGAUGUCAUUCCAGAGGAGGAUUAUCGGCAGUCCUGGAGACGAAUUCUAUUGCUCAUUCUUGCUGUAACCGUUCACAACAUCCCAGAGGGCCUUGCUGUGGGUGUCGGAUUUGGAUCAGCUGGUAAAACAAAACAAGCAACAUUCGAGUCCGCAUUCAAUCUGGCCAUUGGAAUUGGUUUGCAAAAUUUCCCCGAAGGACUUGCAGUUUCUCUGCCCCUUGCCGCUUUUGGACAUUCGAAACUUAAAGCAUUCUGGUACGGUCAGUUGUCUGGAAUGGUCGAACCGAUCGCAGCACUUCUCGGUGCGGCCGCUGUGAUCUUCAUGGAGCCAGUUCUUCCAUAUGCACUUGCCUUCGCUGCCGGUGCAAUGAUUUACGUGGUUGUCGAUGAUAUCAUUCCAGAAGCUCAAAGAAAUGGAAAUGGAAAAUUGGCAUCUUUAGGGUGUAUUAUCGGAUUCCUAGUUAUGAUGUGUAUGGAUGUUGGAUUGGGUUAA